CCCUAAUCCAGCUGGUAAGGGAAACCCAAGUCAAUCUAGAGAUCACUUCUUGACUGACCACUUCUAACUCAUGUCCAUCUCUUCAUCAGUCAGGAUGGAUUUCAAGCGGACCCUUAUUACUGCUUUGGCACAUUUCAAUCCUUCCGAUGUUAUUCAAUCACCGGAACUUUAUCAUGGCUUUAGUUGCUUCUUCUCUCGAGAAAGUGGUUUGAAUCUUCUGCAAUUUCUGUGCUCUUCACAUCAAAUAUUUCCUUCCCAGAGCACUCGAGCUAUCUCCCAACUCAUAGCGCGGCCUGCCAAUUCUCAACUUGCUUCUGCUCCUCCAGCUUCUCCUCCAGCAUCUCCUCCAGCUGCUCGUUGUUCUCCAGCUCCGUUGCUUCGUCAACCCAAAAGAAAGAGAAGCGCAAAAAAGGUGCAGCAAAAGAGGCUCCUGCACUAUGAAGCAGGCUUCAGCGAGCUACAGAAUAGUGUGAUGAAAACAGCUGAGACCUACUUCAAAGAUAAAACGACCUGCUGUGAUUUGGUUGACAUUUCAGUGCAUCUGAUCAACAGUCAACCUCUCGAAGAAACUGUUUACAAGAGCUUGUGGAAACGAAGUGUUGAUAUAUUCUCAAAGACUGAUUCCAAAGCAUCUCGAGUACGCCGUCUUGAGGCAGGUCGAGCAGUACUGCAAAGAGAACGCUUUGCAAAUGUCUAUGCCGAUCGAUUGGGCAUGCUACUUUUCCGUAUUGAGCUUGAUGAAAUGAUUCUUUCAGUUCCAGAUAAUGAAUGCCGGCAGGGCAUCGGCAAAGCGACAAUAGCCUAUGGAAAGUAUGCAAAGGAAGCUGAUGUGGAUGUUGAGUAUGUAUCACAAACCAGAUCUCUGAGCCGCAACUAUGCUCGUCUUGUGACCAUAUGUGGUCCUGGAAUUUUGGCAUGUUUGAAUGAACAACGUUCAAGAAUGUGGGAGAGGGGCUCUGUAGAUGUUGACCUACUGCUUAAGUUUGUGAAAGAUAAAUACCCUGAACGGGAGAAGAUCUUUCGCCGCCAUGACCAACUAUGCGCAAAGGCUAUCCUCGGUGGGCUUAGAGCUUAUGGAUGGGAGGACGAUGAGAUUUUUCAGAGCAAGGGAGAAGUGUUGACGGCCGUGAGGAAAUAUUUCGGAGAGCCCGUGCAGGGAGCGACAAACAAAGAGCCCAGCAGCAAACGGCUAUAUCGCGGCUUGCAGGCACAGGAUUUUGAACAACAUGUGCCUAGAGCUUAUCCAUUAGGAGACCUCAGUCAUCGUAUAAACUCGCACAGUGACGCUCCAAUGCGAGCUCUCGCUGCUGCUGCGACCCAACGCGAAAGCACAUACCAGUUGCAGCCAACGGAUUCGGUGCGCGCGGCGCCAUUAAACAUCAUCCCCAGUGAUGUUGGUAACACCCAAAGCAGGUUGAACCCUGGGGACUGUCAAGCUUAUCAAUCGCCGACUGUCCACACUCUUCCCAACACCAAUGUUGAAACCCGCUUUGCCUUUUCUUCACCUAGGCAACCUUCAAUUCCCUAUUCUGUCAGUAUCAAUCUGGACUCCUGGUCUGCCUUUUCUCCAUCCAGACAACAUUCAAUUCACCCCUCGGCGAAUCUCCUUCCUUCUGCCAAUCUUGACUCCUGGUCUGCAUUUCUUUCACUCAGACAAUCUUCAACUGUUCCACCAGAUGCUGACCAACCUCCGAUUGACCCCACGACGGCUGUUUAUUCUACAGACAUCAACCUUGACUCCUGGACUUCUUUUCUUACACCUGGACAAUCUUCCGGGGGAUGUUAGCCAACCUUCCAUUAAUCCCGCGAGGAACUUUGGCUCUAUUUGUAUCAAUCUUGGUUACUGGUCUGUAGCCUGCACCAGCAUCUCAACCCCGCCCACCAUGGAUCUACUUCUACUCCUCCGAACAGGUCAGGAAGCUCUAAACCCGAGUACUAUUAUGAACGCCUCCUUGUGGAAUACAUAUAAGGCCUUAAAUCGUAGAUUCACUUUGUCAUUCUAGAGUUCCACUUAGGGGUUAUUUAUCAUUUGUUGAAUUUCGCGGAAAAUGGACAAUUAUCGCCCCAACCUGUUUUCCAUCAUCAAUGUUGAAAUCUGUAUGUUUUAAUGCGAACAAUGGCUUCUCCCAACUCCAAUCUAUUUUAAUGUUAUUUCCCUCCUUGUCUCCGACAUAGACUUGUGCAUUCUCGAUAGCGACUAAAGGGACUAUCACAGUGUCGUGUUGUCCGCCAGCUGAAAAUUUUCGUCUCAACACAGCAAGAUGUGAAGACAGUGCGGAAACUCCAAGUAGUGACAUUCUCUACACCAGAUGUUAGAUCAUUCUAUUUUGACAUUGGGCAUUAAUCAACUAACUUUCUGGUAAAGCUUCUGCGCUUCCCCGACAAUUGGUAGGCAGUCAUUUGGAAGAGUGUAUCGCGAAGCAUCAUGUGACGGGUCUGACCGGUGCACCGUGUCGUAGAUGCUGUCAACUGCUCGGCUCGCAGAAGGGUGAAAUUCUUUCGGCAGUUGUAAAUAUUCAAUAGGAUCGACAGUGGCUUGCAUUUUAUUUUACCAGGGCUAUUGGAAAUUGUUGGCGUUGUAUUACGCAAGACCGAAUCCUGAAAUUCGCUCCGUAGUGUAAUGUAGAAAGACAGAAAUUGAGUUCCAGCGGAAUUAAUUUAUGAAGAUUCAAUUUUUUUCUGUCAGGUUAACGGGGUGAAGAUAUAUUCCUUAAUGAGACGCAGCCUGCGGGGCAUGGUGGGGUCGUGUGAUUUCCGAAUUGUUGUUCGGUCCUACAUUUUGCCGAAUUUUCGCAAACGGGUGGGCAUUAAAUCUCAUAGAGCAGAAUCUUAAUCUCACCCGAGCCCGUUCCGAGAAUAUACUCUAUAUGGAUAGAUGUUUAAUGUUUCCCACACGCCAUUUCGGAUAACGUUGGUUGGGCAGCUCCUGUUCAUUCGCGUGGACAUAAUUUUCAGCCGGAAAAACUUCCGCCAGUUCGCCCCCAGCCAUCGUCUAACGUAAAGAACAAAUAGCUAGACUGUACCCUUUUCCGUUUGUAAAAUUUAUAGUAGCAUGUAUUGAUAUAGUCAACCGGUUACGCCGGCUUGUCUUUCCUGACGGAGGACGGUGGAAGCAACUGAAUUCUUCCCUGUCACAGAAUAUGAUUGGAGAACUCCAAAUGGCACAAAAAGAUCCUAACAUCAUCUAGCCAAACAUUUUCUUUCCGCUAGACCGUCAUAUAUUAAUUGAUAGAGUUCCUGGUUCACCACUCCAAAUAUUUAAUCAAUUAUUGCGACAGGGUUUCUGUUAAGACACGAAUUUCCAGUCGAUUUGCGGAAUGUGACUUGAAGCGGCAUCAAAAUCGUGAAGGAUUUGAUUGAGAUAUCUUCGAAGUACACAAGCCCCGCCACUGAACAUUUUGAAAUUUUGCUUGGCUUUCCUACCCCGCCCCAAGCAGCAAGCGCUUGUGUAUUAACACGAUCCGAAGAAAUAGGAAUAACCGUCAUUUGUUGUCAAAUAAAAGCGUGUAGGAAGGAAACUACGCGGAGAAUGAAAUAGGAAAAAGGGGUCAAUAUUCUUGUUGGGUAAAGACACAUGUUAACAAUCUCCUGGAAAAUUGGAAGCGCGAUGAAAAUUUUUGCCCCUCAGCAUAUUUGCGCAUGACAUCCUGGGUCAAUUCCAGGCGGUCCCGCCCACAGUGCUCCAAUAUAAUUAGCAUCCGAGUGUAAAACCAGUAGACAGAAGUUGAGAAGGGUCAGGAAAGACCUAACAAGGCAGAGAUACAGAACAGAUAGGAAGACUAUGAAUAGAGGAAGCUCUAGUGUGGAAAGAAAGCAAUUCAUGCAAGAAUAACUUGUGUCACAGCAGGAUGCUUCUUGCAAGAAGAGCUGAAUUUCCAAGGAGAAGAGCAGAAACUGCUGUAUGUAUAGUAGUGCGCUGCAUAGCUGCCUGAGGGCGGCUGGGACAGUCUAUGAAUAAAUCAAUCAAUCAAUCAAUCAAUCAAUCAACAAACAAAACGAACUGGAUGACGGGGCGACACUGGAUGACGGGCGACACUGG